UAACUAACAACUACAUAGAGGGAGCUGCAACAAUUUCUAGAAGAGGCAUUUUUGUAAGCUUCCAGCUUUUUCCUGGUAUUUCACUGGUAAAUAAAUUCAUGUCAGCUUGGAAAGUCGCAGACAGGAUCCGAGGAACCUAUAGAAAAUGGAAAUAAAACAGGAGGUAGAAGGAUUCCGAAAGGAAUUUGAAAUUUUUUGUGCCCAGUUUCAUGAAAAUCUAAUAAAAUGUGGAAAGGUGGCUACUGUUAUGACUUUAAAGCAAGAAGAGGAACUUACAAAAUAUCUGCUGACACCUCAAGAUGAAACGGGUAGUUCUUCUACAGAGAUAGCAAGCUGGCUAGAGAAUAAUGUAUUUUGUUUGGUCUCAAAUGAAGAUGAAAGUCAUUAUGAACUUCACAUUUGGAAUGAUACCCAAAGAAAAGUAGUUUCCAUCGAAAAUUAUUUUACUGUUUUAAAUUCCAUGUUUGCUGAGACCGGUAAUAUCAGCCAUGACAAGUUUUUAAAGAAGGUAAAUGAAAAAUAUGCUUUAAUACCUGAGGAAGUUGUUAAAUACUUUAUUAAUAAUGUGACCAAAAAACCAAAGUUCAAGGUAACAGUACAGAAUAAAGAAAAUAAAGUGUAUGGAUGUAAAGUUAUCAGCUACGAAUAUCUGAAAAAACGAGUAGUAAAGAAACGAAUAUUAACUGAAAUCUUUGACAAAUCCAAUGGAAAAGUUUUACAGUCAAGAUGUCAUGAAGAGGAUCCACUCGAAGAAGAUGUAUUUUACGUGGAGAAAACCGAAAAACUCAGUGACAUCACAAACACUAAAUUCACGGAAGUAAGUUCCACGACAUACUCCUCCAACCAAGCGUUAGAGAUCAAAUAUCUAGGCAAGACCUCCGUGGCUUAUUUACCACCUGGUGAGAUCAACAACCAAGAUCACCUGGUCGCUCUCAGUAAUGUCAUCUACUCCGUGAACGAUUUUCCAGAAAAUACCGGAGACAUUCAACUCGAAUUCGUCAUUCCUCAAAAACAGCCCACGAAGGUGUUUUCGGAGAUCGAGUCACUUUUAUCCCUGAUUGAAAAAACUGACAGUGGUUCUAAACCGACCGAACCAAAAACUCUAGUAAAAACGCCUAAAAAGAACACUGAUACUAAGACUCGACCUAAUAUGGUCAUUACUCCUCCAGGCAAGUUGGCAAUCGUAGCUAAUCCUAAAACACGAGGUGCUACACUGAAACAUCUUUUUAAUGAACCAUUGAUCUCUGAAUCCAAAAUUCCAAGUUAUUCAGAACUAAACGCCGCUGCAGCCACUGAUAUUGUUGAGACUGCGAUGGAGGAGGACGAUGAUAAUGAUGAUGACGAUGAUGAUGAUGACAAUGGUCAUGAUUUCCUGGAGAAUGUAGAUGAUUUAUUUGAAGACAGUGCUGCACCAGAAGUCCCAGCACAGGUAGGAGGCAAGGAUGAUGUUGAAGUAAGGGGAAUGUCUGCAAACAUUCAAAGGAUAUCUGAAGACAUUCGCACCAAUUUUGGACAGAUGUCUGUAGAACCCACAAUUAUUAAAAAUUCAACCCAACAAACCAUUGAAAAUCAAAUUGAAGAAAAACCAAUAAUUAGUGAAGAAUGCCUUAAUGGAGAUGGUGGAUCCACGCACAAGGAAUCCACUAAUCUGAUUGGAAAUCCAUUUAAAGAUUUGAACAUAUUCGGUAGUGAUUCUGCACAAAAGGAACAGAUCAAAUCCGUAAGAAUGGAACCGAUCAAUGCAAUUGGAAAUCCAUUUGAAGAUUCGAACAUAAUUUGUGGGGAAUCGACGCAGAAGGAACAGAUCAAAUCCAUAAAAAUGGGACCAAUCAGUGUGAUCGGAAAUCCUUUUGGAGAAUCAAUAAGUGAAGGAGAUAUCAAUAGUAUCUAUGGUGAAUCCACAUUAAAAGAGGAGAUCAAAUCCACAACAGAACAAAUCAAUGUGAUUGGAAAUCCAUUUGAAGAAUCGAUGGCUGAAGCAGAUUUGAACAGAAUUUGUGAUGAAUCUACUCAAAAUGAUGAGAUGUCAUCUACAAAGACAGAACCCAUCAGCGUGUCUAAAAAUCGAUUUGCAGGCCUAAUCAGUGAGGCCGUUUUGAACAGAAUAUGUCGCACACCUGCCCAAAAGAAAGCGAUAAAAUUGUAUAAGAUGAGUGGAUGUGUUAAGAUUAGAAUACCACAUGCAAAAAGUAAAUAUGACCUUCCUGAAAUGGAUGAACUCCUGUCAACUGUUGUAGAAAACAAAUCGACCGAUAACCCCGACCAUAUUAGUUGUCCCCUUUGUGGGGAUUCAUUCAAGAACGAAGACAUAAUGGAGGGACAUAGGUGUAGAAGGAAAAAGAAGAUUAUUGAAUAUAAAUGUGACAAGUGUGAGAAAAUUUAUACAGAUCUAAAAAGUUUUCAUAAACAUUUCAAACUUGAAUUUCAUUUUUUCCGUUUCAAAUGCGACAUUUGUGAUGUGAUAUGUAAAGAACUUAAAGAGGUUACCGAACAUGUUAAAGUUCACAGGGAAGGUCCUCCCUAUACUUGCAACCAAUGUGAUAAAACAUUUAGAGUUAAAAAUGCUCUGCAGAGACAUCAAUAUUUGCACACAGGAGUUAAGCCCCCUUACGGAUGUGACCAGUGUGAUAAAGCCUAUCACAACAAGGAAUCUUUGAAGGAGCAUGUUCAAGUGGCCCACAGUGGGAUAACACCUUUCAAAUGUUCUGAAUGUGAAGAGUCCUUUGCUUCAAAGCGUGUAAGGAGUAUUCACUAUUCUAAAGAACAUGAACAGAAAGAACCAAGGUUUUCAUGCGAUCAUUGCAACAAGAAAUUUAUGUCCGGACUGCUUCGUCUCAAUCACAAGUGUGAGAACCACAAGUAUGACUGUAAGAUUUGUGGCGAAAUAUUCCAAUCAUUCCGGGGACUAGGUAGUCAUCAACAAAAGCACAGCGGUCGACCCAGAAAGGAUCCCAAAAACAAGAAAGAUUAUGGUGUUGGCACGCUUAUAUGUCCCAUUUGUGGUGUAUUAUACAAAACCGAGAAGACUUUGGCCACACAUAUAAAACGACAUGAAGAGUUGCCUGACGGAUAUAAAUGUGAUCAAUGUGAGAAAAAAUUCCCAAUUCGAUCGAAGUUGCAGGAACAUUUAAAUGUACACAAUGGAGUUAAUCCAUUCAAAUGUGACCAAUGUGACGCAUGCUUUCCUUCAGUUGGCAAAAGAUGUAGGCAUAUUUUGACGUACCAUGUUCCCCCUAGAUUUACGUGUGAUGUUUGCGGUAAGAGUUACAAGACCAAUAGAAAGCUUACGAUCCACUACCGGAGUCAUACCGGUGAGAGACCUUUCGUGUGUGAAGUCUGCAGCAAAGCUUUCAGUUCAAAGGAGCUCCUGCGCAUCCAUGAUAAAAGCCACAAAGGUAUACGCGAUUUUGUCUGUCCUGUGUGUAACAAAGCCUUUGUUCAACUAACCAAUAUGAAAUCACACCACAGAUUACAUUGGAGACCCAAAAUUAAAUGGACAAGAAAAAGGAAAGUGAAAGUUGAACCUGUCAAUCAAACGAAAGUGGAGCCUAUCAAUCAAGUGAAAGUUCAACUUAUUGAUAAAGACAAAUUUAUGAAUGAAGGGAAAGUUGAAUUUAUCAAGGAAAGAAAAGAUGAAAUUAUCAAGGAAAGAAAAGAUGAAAUUAUCAAUGAUGGGAAAGUUGAUCUUACUCCGCAUGGCGUAAAAGUUGAAUUUAUCAACCAAUAGAAUAUGUACAAAAUAAACUAACAAAGAGGGGGUGGAUGGCCGAAUGGUUAGCAUGUGCACGCUGUAUCAUAAGGUCUGUCAUUGAGUCCGCUGGCGUGGUUUCGAUUUCCCGGUUGUAAGUGACAAGGAGUAGGGUCCCCUGUCCAACCUCGUGAGUUUCUCCAACCUCUGGAAAAUCCGGUUUCCUCCCACUGCUAAAGACCCCUUACACCCAAGCGAAUUGAACCAUGUGUUAGUCUCUCUACUGAUUUUUAUAUGUGGUCAUAUAUUGUUGUCAGCCCUGUCCAUCUGUCAUCCACAAUUGCUUGUGGUGGACGUUCGAGGCUAAAGUUAUUAUCUGAAUUACUUGAAAUGUUAUAUACAGUGUUUAAAGUUCAUGAGACGAAAACGCCUAUUUGUUUCAAUAAUUCCAAAAUAUACUGUCAGUCAGAGUUAUAGCCCUUGAUGUUGUGGAUGCCCUAAAGAUUAAAAUUAUUAUUCCAGUUGAAAUUUAUACAUGCCUAUUGGUCUUUCCAAUUUUCUUUUUGAAAUUGGGGGGUUGGAUGGCUUAGUGGUUAGCAUGUGCGCGCUGUAUCAUUAAGUCUGUCAUUGAGUCAACUGGUGUGGUUUCGAAUCCCUGGUUGUACGUGACAAGGACCCCUACGCGCAAGCGAAUUAUGGAAAUAAAGUUGGACCAUAUGUUAGUCCCGAAAUGACCUAGUUUUUGAAAUUCAUAUGGUUUGUCGCGCAUUGAAUGGAUGUCCUCACUGAAGGAAUUCCCACCAGGCUUCGCUAGUAAAAACACGGUUCCACAUGACCUUAUCAAUGGUAACAGAACCACGUUUCGAAGUGUCGUGAUUAAAUUCCAUUUUAACGACAAAAACUAAGGUGUGGCCACACACCAGUUCAUAAUGAAUGUAUCAGAAAACAAUGCUGUAAGGUAAACAAUGAGGUCAUGUAGGACCUCCUCCUCUUAUGUGGCCACUAUAAAUCAUGCACCCUUGUCUCUAGCGAGGACGGCCAUUGAAGAAGCAUGUUUAUUUUCUGUUUGAAAUUUAUGUAGUUUGUCUAUAUUAUCGAAAUGAAGAAUUCAAUUGAUUUUCAAGAUUUUUCAUUAACCUCCAGAGAUUUGGCCCUUUUGUUACAAAAUCUUAGGCUUCAAUUAUGAUCUCAGUUUCUGUAUGAUAUACAUUUCCCGUUAAAAUGAAGAAGCCUAUUGAUUGGUUUUCAUUGAUUUCCAACAUGAGAUGUAUUCCAUUUGUUACGAAGUCUUGUUACCUCCUUAAAGGGUUUGAUUAUGGCCUAAUCUUUUUUGAUUAGUUCAUAACUGAUAGGAUGAUACAUGUAUAUACUACAGUGCACUCUGUCACAUCCGACCUCUGAUCACUCCGGCACUCUGUUACAUCCGACACCAUUUUCAUGUCCCGAUUUAUUACUUCAGCCAAAAAAAUCUCUGGGUAAUUCGACCUCUGUACGUUCCGGAUUACGACAUCAGUCAGCCGUCCCGUCAUACGAUUUCCAUAGAAUCGACACCGUAUAAUCCGACUUCAAUCGGUGGGUGUGAAGCAAACACUUGCCGAUCAAUUAUCCGUGAGAUUAAAACUGGAUGGGUGUGAAGCCACAAAACAUUAACAAGCAAUCACCAAUCAAUUAUCUGUGAGAUUAAAACUCGCUACCGUGGGUCUUUGUUGAUUACUUUGAUAAUUUUAAUCUCUUGUACGGCAGUUGUGACAAAUACUCAAGAAUAUCCACAAAUUUUCCCCCGAAUUCACAGUCGUAAAAAUAUUCUUAGCACCUGUUGGAAACAUUCGUUGUGCAUGCCGAUUGAAUCUGAAUAACCUAUUAGUUUGGUCACCCUACGGAUCUCUUCGAACCAGGUGACGACGACCUGGGGAUGCUCGAUUCACAGUCCGAAAAAUCCCGAAUUGACAGAAUUGCAAUCGAGUGACGCGGAAUUCAAUUCCGGAACGUUCAAUCGAGUACGCCCAUUAUCAAUGAACACGUGAUAGCAAAGACAAAAGUGCGAUCAAUUGAAGACGGCGAAUUAGAUAAAUUAAUGACAGACUUGACCUAUUCAAAAUGCCUACGCAUGUUAAAUGAAAUAAAAAUUAAUGUAAUAAAAUUUUGAAUGUACAGAAAGGUUUAUCAUUUUUAAAGGGAAUAAAAUUCUGGUGAUUCGAAGUUCUAUGUUCAAAGCUACAUUAUAAUAAUACUUCCGGUUUUCGAAGUUACAAUAUUUCCAGUUUUGAGAAAACUGGGUAUUCCGACAUUCUGCGUAAUCUGACAUAUUGUAAGGAUCCCGUAUGAUGUCGGAUGUGACAGAGUGCACUGUACUUGCUGGCUGAUGUAUAUUUUGAUGCCUGGCAACCUAUUUGUUAUUUCUUUAGUUAUCUAUGUUAAUGCUUCUGAUCAGUACAUACCAUAUUAACACCAAUAGUGUGUAGUAUUAUUGUCUAUAGAAUUCAUUUUUAGAAAAUACCCGAAGAGAAUAUGGGGAACACUAUAGUACAGCGUUAUGACGUCAUUUUAGUGUUGUUAAGAUGUAAAAAUCAACGUUAUGAUAACGUUAAAUUCAUGUUGUUAAGAUAUAAAAAAUAAACGUUAUGAUAACGUUAAAUUUAUGUAGUUAAGAUAUAAAAAAAUCAACGUUGUGAUAACGUUAAAUUUAUGUCGUAUGUUUGUUGGGUAUUUUGUGUAAAACUGAGUAAACAUGCAUUUAUAUGGGAAUCGGGAUUUAGCCACUGAUUGUGUUUUAUGUACAUGUAGUAGUUUGAUUGAAAUAAAAGCAUGUAUCUUAAA